AAAAAAUAAAAGUGAUGAUUUUUGACUUUGACAGAUAGGGAUAGUGUAAAAUUUCUGGAGGUGUUUUCGUUUUUUAUUAAUUUUUUUUUGAUUUUGAGAUUACUAAUAGCUCGUGGUAGAGAUGGUUGAUAAAUUAGUAAAUAGUGAAGCCAACGCUCGUAGGAUAACAAUGGUUGAGAGUUGUUUCGGCAGCUCUGGUCAACCAUUGGCUGUUCCUGGCAGAGUCUUAGUCGGUGAAGGCGUCUUAACUAAAAUGUGCCGGAAGAAACCGAAAACGAGGCAAUUCUUCCUCUUCAACGACAUAUUGGUCUACGGUAACAUAAUUAUAAAUAAAAAGAAGUACAACAAACAACAUAUCAUUCCUUUAGAAGAGGUUAAAUUAGAAAGCCUGGAAGACGAUUCCCAAUACAAAAACGGCUGGUUAAUUUGCACGGCAUCGAAAUCUUUCGCCGUUUACGCGGCGACGGCGAUAGAAAAGGGAGAAUGGAUGGCCCACAUCAACAAAUGCAUAGACGAUUUGUUGAGAAAAAGCGGAAAGAAAGCUGUCUCCGUGCACGCUGCCGUUUGGGUGCCCGACGGGGAAGCGUCCGUUUGCAUGCAUUGCAAAAAAUCUCAGUUUACGAUAAUCAAUCGGAGGCAUCACUGUCGUAAAUGCGGCGCCGUAGUGUGUGGACCUUGCUCAAAUAAGCGAUUUUUGCUGCCCAAUCAAAGUUCGAAGCCUCUGAGAGUGUGUCUUCAUUGUUACGAUGUGUUGACUACCACUAAAAAUCACAAUUCGACCGAUUCAGCAUUAAGAGGGACUAAUGCAGAUUCAUCGGGCGAAGAUGAUUCUGAAGAUGACGAUGACGAGAAAACUAAAGGACAGCCCGAGGCUCACGAUUUGCCAAAAUUCUACGGUGACGCUGAAAAACUUGAAUGAUCUUUAGAAAAGCCCAACUUCCACUUCUACUUCAGUUUUUUUUUCGUUUAUGUUAUGGGUUCAUAUUUAAUUGAAGGUAAAAUAAUUUAGCAUUGAAAUAUUAUUACAAGUUGUUUAUAAUCAUUUUAUAACUAUUAUAUACCUACAUUAGAUUAAGAGAAAUAGAGCGUUUAUUAAUUAUGUAAUAUUAAGGAAUAUUAUUUAUUUGUGUGGGGUGCUAAGGAUUAUUUGAAC